GUCCGUUGGGCUUUGUUUUAUUCGAGCGGGGUGCAGCCGCGCACCCAAUUGUACUGCAGGCGACACGGGACGAGUCUUUUCUUGCAUUUCUUUGCGCUGGAGUGUAGGGUUACAGUGUAAUUUUACUGCAGAGGGGAGAGAAAACCGGUCGGAGGAGGUGAACGGGUUCGGGCCUCGGUUGGAGGAGCUGGUGUGACGUAGCAGUUCAGACAUAUACACACACACACACUCACACACCGGCUGCUGCUGCGCCUGCCAGGAUCUCAAUGUGGGGAAAUGACCGCGAGUGACCUCAAAGGGAACACUGUAUUUUAGCGCUGCUCUCCUUUUUAUUUUACACUACAUCAAAGCAAGAAUGAAUGUUAAUUUUUAGCUCGACAUUUUACGGCAAAACCACGUCAUAUCACGUUAAAGAGCGAGGUCUAGCGUUAGCUGAACGCUCGGCUGUUUCACUAGCUCGCGAGCGGCUAAUAUUAGCUAGCUAAGCUAAAGCAGCCCGGUUUGUCAUUGCUAGCGGCCGGGCUUCUGCAUUUUGCCUCCCGCAGAUGCUAAGCUAAGCUAAGCUAGGUUAGGCUAGCUGCUGCCAUGGAUAAAGCAAAGUCAAUGAUGGAUAAGAAAGGAGCGUCGGGACCCUUUCACGUCAACAACGGGCAGAGCCAAAGGGGGUUCCACGGCCAUGUCGUUGUGGCCGCUAACGGCAGCUGCUGCAGCGGUAGUGCAUUCGGCUCGAGCACCGGACCCAACAGCAGCAGCACGUUUGAGAACAUGCAUCAUCUGCACCGCGGCGACGAUGCAGAGUGCAACGGGUCUCCGGCCAAGAGAUGCAGGCUGCGGAGGAGGACGGAGUCGGUGAGACGGAACAGACCCCCCUUCCCCUGGUUUGGUAUGGACAUCGGUGGCACCUUGGUGAAGCUGGUGUACUUUGAGCCAGUUGAUAUAACUGCAGAAGAAGAACAGGAAGAAGUCGAAAACCUCAAGUCCAUCCGCCGCUACCUCACCUCAAAUGUGGCCUAUGGUAAAACAGGCGUCCGUGAUGUCCACCUGGAGCUGAGGAACCUGACCAUGUGCGGCAGGACGGGGAACCUGCACUUUAUCCGCUUCCCAACACAGGCCAUGCCCCGUUUUAUCCAGAUGGGACACGACAAGAACUUCUCCAGCCUGCACACAACACUCUGCGCCACCGGAGGCGGGGCCUACAAGUUCGAGAACGACUUCCGAACGAUGGCCGACCUGGAGCUGCUGAAGCUGGACGAGCUGGACUGCCUGAUCCGUGGCCUACUCUAUGUUGACCGGGUGGGCUUCAACGGACACUCAGAAUGCUACUACUUUCAGAACCCGUCAGACACCCAGAGCUGCGUGAAGAAACCCUGCACCCUGGACAACCCCUUCCCUAUGCUGCUGGUCAACAUUGGCUCUGGGGUCUCCAUACUGGCUGUGUACUCGGAGAACAACUACAAACGGGUGACUGGGACCAGUCUGGGAGGUGGUACAUUCCUGGGCCUUUGCUGUCUGCUGACGGGCUGCGAGACGUUCGAGGAGGCGUUGGAAAUGGCCAGCAAGGGUGACUCUACCAACGUGGACAAACUAGUGAAAGAUAUCUACGGUGGAGACUACGAGCGCUUUGGCCUACAGGGCUCUGCUGUCGCAUCCAGUUUUGGUCACAUGAUGAGCAAAGACAAGCGAGACAGCAUCAGCAAGGAAGACCUGGCCAGAGCCACGCUGGUCACCAUCACUAAUAAUAUAGGAUCCAUAGCACGGAUGUGUGCUGUCAAUGAGAAAAUCGAGCGUGUGGUGUUCGUGGGGAACUUUCUUCGCAUCAACACAGUGUCCACAAAACUGCUGGCAUAUGCCAUGGACUUCUGGUCUAAAGGACAACUAAGAGCCCUCUUCCUGGAACAUGAGGGUUAUUUCGGAGCUGUGGGGGCGCUGAUGGAGCUGCUCAAGACACCAGAGGACCCGUGAAGGGAAUUGUGUCGUGACAUCAUCAACCCUCGACAAGACGAUGUCAUCCACCCCUGGACGUGAUGUCAUCAACUCUCGAUGCUGUGACGUCAUCAACUUUUGACGCUGCUGAAAGGUCCCGUUCACAGAGGCCACUAAAGGAACACUAAAAGAGAGACACAGAAACUGAGAAAAGCCAUUUUAAUAAUUUAACACUUGUAAAUAAUGAUAACCUCUAACAUCCAUCUCCUGAAUUUCCCAAACAGAGUUCCCCCUAUCAUAGAGGUUUUAAUAUUGUAAUCUUUAAUUUAUGGUUCCCUGUAAUCAGCUCUGUGGAUUCCUGUCAUCAGCCCUGUGUCAGGAAGCACAGACACGCUGAGUAUAUUAGUGUUUUUUGUUAGUGUGCGUGUGUGAGUUUGUGUGUAUAGCUACUGUAGCAUUACAUCCUGGGGACUGUAGUGCCCCGAGCAACUAUUUGUGCAACGGUUCCUUAAGAUACAGUGUCUGCACAGAAGUGAGGUUACUCUUGAAUGAGUAAUUGGGCAUUUUUUCCACCGGGGACUCACAGAACUUCCUUCCGUGCGACCAUAGAAACAUCAUUUUACCACCAAUGCCUCCUGCCUCCGUCAUUAGUAUUAAACUCUGGUUUUUGCUGAUGUAAAAAAAACAACAUCAUUUUGUUGUUGCCUGUCUGUUGCACAAAAAGUUGCCCAGUCUUCUAAGGAGUGCACUGAAGCCAAAUCCUGUUGAGAUUCGUAAGACACCUGCCUCCUUCAGCUCAGAUUGGAGGCAGAAAAACAGUCUUUAAUUCUUUCUGUUGUUCCACUGCACAUGGCCUUUGCUUUUUGUUUGUCUCCAUCUACCAACAUGCAAACACAUUUACAACACCGUAUUGCCACGCAGGCAUAUUUCUCCCAAACCGGCUAAGUUUAGUGAUAGACAACGGGACCAAGACAUUGUCUUCCAAUAGAUAGUGCUACAACUGUGCAUCUUUGAUUUAUGUUGACUGUCAUCACUGUAGUUCAGGACCUGGUCUGGCACAGCAGCCUGUAUUUGUGAAAUACUAUGGAAUGUUUUAUUUUGUUUUUUUUUUUUGUUUGUUUUGUUUUUUUUAUCUCUGUUGGGAAUCAUCUUUUCUUUUUCUCUUUCCCACCCCUGUCUGUCAGGGUUUGGCUGAGGAACACUUCAGCCGGGUGGAGGCCUCAUUUCUCACCCUCUAUCUUCUCUGUCACCCAGCUGCCUUGUUCAGGUAUUUCAUUGUGAUGUAAUGAGGCAUUCAGGCUGAGCUUACGCAAUUCUAAUGCACUAUGUGAAUCCUGGCAUAGAAAAGCUUCAGCAAUCCUGCUUUUGAUGCACAUUCAGAAGAAUGGUAUCACCCUCUGGGAGACAAUGGGGACCAAGAUGCUUUUAGCCCAGAGUUGUCCAUCAUGUAAAAUACACUGAUUCCAAUUUGCUGCACAUCAGAAUCAGCUUAACUACUGUAGAUUAGACAGGGUCUAAUAGUGCAGAUGUUAUGUGAAAUUGUAAAAACAGUGAGAAAAAUUCUAAUCCUAUACAAGCAUAAAGAUGCACUGUAGUAUCUGGCCAGUUUUUUUCCUGCAGGUCCAGAGUGACUAAGCUUGAGUUCAAUCAUAAUUAAACCACCCAAAUGCAAACCGAGCAGUGGCACAAGCAAGAAUUUAAAGCCUCAUUUAUCUCCCAGAUGCUCAGUUUGCAUGCCUCUGCCUAAGAACGACACGUCAGGGCAGCCUUGUGUGUCCUGAGCCGAGUCACUAUCCACAUUAGCACAAGCACCUUAGUGGAGACUUAAGUGUUUAAAUUGUCGGUUUACUGAAUACUUGAAAAUACCAUUGUGCAUGUGCUAGUGUGGAUCUUUCAGAUUUUAGUGAAGUAAUGACCUGAGAUUCUGGGAUGGAAAACCCUCUUGCUUACCUGAAUUGCCUGUAAUGAUACCCUGAGCGGGGGAAGUCUUUUUAGAGGAAUCCUAUCUGAUCUGCAAUGAUUUGGUUAAGUUGGAAUUGUAAAUUACAUGCACACCUUAUACUAUAGGCAAGGUUCGCUAUAUGCAUGACAUAUAGACAAGAGACUGUAAAGAGUCUUCAUCAUCAGUGAGCUUUUGAGUCACCAACAGUGAAUUAUAGAAUUAUUAGAUUAUAGCUGUUUCGAAGAAACAUGGACCAUAACUGUAUAGUUUGCUGUAAUGUCACGAACCCCAUCCUGGACCUUUAUAGCCUUUCAUCUCUGUUUAUUGUCAAAGCAGCUGAACUAUAAAGCUGGAUGGUGGAGUUUCCACUGUCUACUGCUUAAUUUAUUUAUUACCACAUUCUACAUGCCUUUACUCUCCAUGCAGAGAAACUGUGCUCUUUCCCUUUUUGGAAUAAGCCUCUUCUUGGAAUCAUCUUCAUCUCUCAGUUUUUGUUUUUUCUUUUUAGAUGAUUUAUUGUUAAAUACCUCCAAACCAUCACUACCAACACUUUUGGGUCGGUUAGUUUUCUGUGUUUCUGAGCCUGACAUACAAGUGUUAGUUCAGCACUGUGGAUUUUCUUGACAGGACCUUGUGAUCUAUUAAUUUCACCUACAGUAUAAUAAUGAAGGGAAAGCCCUUAUUAGCUAGUUGAACGUUAUGCAGCUUUUGUCAAAAUCAACUGAUUGCGGUUAUCUCCACCAUCUAACAUACACAUGAACUACACUUUGACCCCGACUAAUAACAUGUUUACUGCUAUGCAGUUCUGUUGAGCCAGUUUAUAAAAACAUCCACUUUGUUCUUAGGUAGUUGUUAUUUCAAGCUGAUGUCUUUCCCCACAGCCACUUACAAUACACUAACAAAAGUUUUGCUGUGAAAUUGAAUAUGCAUCAUUUGAAGAAAGAUUAUUUGCAAAUUAUAGAUUGAACCGAAUUUAAAUAGAUUAGGGUCCUUUUUAAUGAAUCAGGUAACAGGAUAAUCACAUUUUAAAGAGUGGAUUUUCUGUACUUCAUACAUACUAAAAUUAAAAAGUUAUUUUCUACCAUGGAUACAUUAGGUGUGUUGGCUUAAUCCAAAUGCCAAUGCGUAUGCACGUGUUAAGAGUAAAACUGGUGAAAUACUAGUUGUGUCAUAGUUUUUUUGGCAGGAAGUUUUGCAAGCAUUUCCUCUGAAAACAUUUAAUCAUCAGUGUGUUCCAUCCUGCUUGUUUUCAGCUGUUGUGAUGCUUCAGAUGUUCCAUUUGGUGCUUUCUGGUCUGUUUUUUUUUUUUUUUUUUUCCUAAUUUGCCUUGUUCCAACUCACGUUUGGAUGAUAUCAGUGGCCUCGACCUGUCAGGUGCCACUCAGCUUUAAAAUCAGUCUGGUGUCGGUUAUCUCGUGCCACCUUUUCUUUUAAUCUGAAAACCCUAAUCUGAUGCCUUCACUGUGUGUUAUCCUGGUUACACCAUGUUUGUGCCCUUCAGUUUCCUGUGUGAUUUAUUUUCGGUUUCUUACCUGCUGAACUUUACCUCAGUCUUUGUGUAAUAUGUGUUGUGCAUGCAGAUACAUUUUUAGGGUCGGGUUUCACUCUUGCUUUCUUUUUGUUGUUGUUGUUUUGCCAUUGUGUCCAAGCAAUGGUCCAAGCAAAUGUGUCCAAGCAAAAAAAACAAAAACAAAACAAUUUUAACUUCCACUGGCAGUGCAAAGGCUUUUGUUCUAAAAUUUCAGAUUUCUGGAAAGCCACAUGAUUCUUUAGAUAUCCCGGAUCAUUACUAAUGACAACUCAAAUUUUACAUGUUUUCCAACCUUUCUUUUCAGUGCUUUUUUUGGCAACAGUUUGGUCUAGAAACAGUUUUGUAAAAUAUUUGUCCUUUUAUUAAAAAGGAAUGUUCUUUUACAUCCUGCCAGUAAUAAGUAAUAUUGUGAGUUAAUAUAUCUUUCCUAUGUGAUUUGAAAAUACUGUUGUACUGAAUUUUUUUUUGGUUGUUUUUGAUUGGCACAAAAGAACCAGUUCGAUUGCUCUCAGAAAUGUAAAUCCCUGCCUUUGUACUUUAUCAGGCUGAGGAAACGUUUUCAGACAUGUGAUUUGCAGCACUUAUGAAAGUGAUCAGAGUGUCACUGCGAGUUGUACCUUUUAAACACAUAUCAUCAUUAUCCUGCAGAAGCUUUUAUCUCAAUACAGAUGAACACCAAAGUAGAAGGAGCAUUUAUUUCUGGAAGCCAAUGGUUUUAACAUUUUACAGUCUGCUGUUCAUCAUUUGGCUCGGUCCUGGUGUCAGUUAUGUGAUUUAUUGGUAAAUGAAGAUGUACAUGGGAAACAUUUUAAGGUGACAGAUGUUCUCUGCAGAGUAUAGAUGACAUGUGUUUUAAAGUUGUUGGUUUUGAAGUGUACCUGUAUUUUCCCAGUGAUGGUGUAGUUGUAAUUUUCAUCCUUGACUAAUCUAAAACUUCCAAGCCAGUGCUACAGACUGUCAUGGGAAUUUCAGGAGUUACAGUACUUGUAGUAUUUUUGGACCUACAGUAACUAUUGUACACAUGUCCUGUUGCAGCUUCUGUGUUUUUGACUCCUUACAAAUUAUUUGCAUUUUCUGGAAUCUGAAUUCUUCACAUAAACUAUAUUAAUGUUCAUUCAGAAGUAGCUGACAUUUUCCUGAACUGUUUAAAGUAUUUGAAACAUUUUCUGUAACUACACCACAGCUACAGUAUGAAGCAAGAAUUCAGUCAUUUAGGCAAAUCAGAAUUUAAGCAGUGAUUUUUUUUUUGUUAUCAUGCCUCAAAAAUGUGGGUGUUUGUCUGCUUUGAUAACAGUCUAAUGUGUGAUUUUAGAGUUUGGGGGUUGAACCUCAGUAACACUUUAUCUGGGGUUCAUUUCCCAAUGGGACCAUUUGUACUCAGAUCAGUGUGUACUUCUGUGUACUGUGAAGAGCUUUGACUUGAAGCGUUCACUGAAUGGCAAAUGUUGUGUCAUCCAUUGCGAAAUCUAACCAAAAGGCUAUGCAGCAACACAUCCAUCGAUCUCUUUGUCCCUUUCAACAAACUCACCUCCUCUCUGAAACUACCACAGUUGAUCUGACUUGUUUGUAAAUGUUUUAAAGAAUAUAUAUGCAACCCUGUUAGUUUUUCCCUUUGAGGAAUCCUGUUUGAAUCUUGAUGGAGUUUCUCCUCCAGAAUUUUCUGUCCUGCUGAUUUAGUUGUUAACACUAUUCAAGGUGGAUGCUCGCAAUAGGAUGUUGUAGACUGAAUUAUGCACCAACAUGAGCGUGUCAAGCAUGUUUUUCAGUGUGAGCUGUGUGACGCUGGCACUGUAAGGUCAUUGUCACGUACACUAAGAAGCCUAAAGAUAUUUUUUGAAUGGUUUUGUUAUGGCAGACCCCCGUCUUACCCAAACUGUGCAUCUUGCUGGAUGAAUGAACCUGGCUGAAUUUAUUUAAACUUUUAAAUGUAUGUGACCAUAGCCAAGUCUUGUCUUUUUUAAUUUACAUCAGCAUGUACUUUAAAUAGGCAGGGGCUUAUCUUCUGACAGUGUUACCAAACCGUAAACACCUUGUUGCUGUCAAAGCUGUUGCAUAUUAGUCACAGUGGCACAAUGAUCCUUUUGACCUUCUGACCUUUUGCUUGUCACGUAUUUUUCACCCUGCUUAGCUAAACUUUUCAUGACUUCCUCAGAGGUUCCUAAUCUGGUCAAACAUCCUGUUGCAUGAACACAUCCAGCCUUUUAACUGUCUAAUGGAAUGCUUGACUGGCAGGACAGACCUUUUCACCCUUGUGUAUUUGAUUGUACAGAGAUUUUGUAAAUAAUAUUAAUAUGAUAUAUUCUACACCAGCAAUCUGUCUGUUGAUAAAGUUGGUUCAACUGUUCAGGGCCAGGUUUCCCAAACAAGACUCGGCACAUCAGUUACAAUCCCAAAGCAGACAGAAAAGGCAUGAAGACAAACCAGUUUUCUCUGCAGCUUUAUCACAUUUACCAACAACUUUACCAGAGCUGAGGUACACAGUAUUCACAAGUAUUUUAGGAGUCUGUGUUAACCUGCUUGUGGUAUAUGAGCGAUGGGAAUUUCCUCAUCAGGACUACAUACAUUUCUACAUGUUUUUUGUGUCUGAAAUUAGCAGUCAUUGUAGGCUUUCCUGUUAAAUCCACCAUCUCAUAUAUAUAUAUAUAUAUAUAUAUCUUCUAAAACAUCUUUUUUAAGGAGUAAUGUGGUAUAUUGAAGAGAUGUUUACUCUGUUUACUCUUCCCUUUGAAGUGUUUAGCUCAUUUUGAUGCUCUCAGUGGCCACGGGCCAGAUGCCUGUUUUCUGUCUGCUGGAUUUCAGUGCCAGUCAUUCACCUCGGCUCCUUUGUGAUCUGGAUCUGUGUGAAAGUUUUGGGAAGCCCAGUGCUGGUUGUUUGCGUCAGUUCUGCUGCUGCUUUUAACUCCGGAUUGAAAAAAAAAGAAAGGGUUAAAAAGAGAGAAAAAACAAAACAAUUAAAAAAAGGCUCCCUGCCUUGUGCAAUGUGUAUGUACUGAAGUGAAGAGAUUUUUUUUCUAAAAAGGAAUUAAAACUAAAACUGGA